AGGAGCUAAACCCUAGAGGAGGAGCUGGACAAGAUCACCGUCCGUCCACUACAGCGAGAACCACCUGCACCUUUUGUCAGGCUGUCCAGAUGCAUUAUAAAUAUUUGCAGAUUAUUUUCACGUGUCUCGCUAUUUUUAAAAAAAAACUUGUACAUCUAACAUUGGUAUUUUAGGGUGCAAUCUGCACUCCUUUUGCACACUCUCAUACGUCUGUGAGUAGUGUCUGCAUGUUCCAUGCAACCAAUCACAAGAAGCGGAAACAUGACGUCACACUGUCAGCUGUUCUUGUUUUGCUUCUUUUCCCCUUUUUGCGCUCUGGGAUCUUGGAAAUCGACCGCCACAAUAACCGAUCUAAGACUGAACAUACAUACAUUACAAGCAGACCGACCUGCCGGCUUCGUGUGGAGCGCUUAUUUCACCCAUACAUCUCAAACGGUCCAUAUUUCUCCCAAAUUGGAGCCGUCUUCCGCCGACAUCGAGCGAGGAGGUGCAGCCGAUCCCAGGCCUCCAAUCCAGGGCGGAUGGAGGACAGGAGGUCGCUGGGAAUCGGGAUGGAGACCGGAGAGGGUGCGGGCGGGACUGACGGACCAGACGGAUUGGGGCUCCGGUUUGGCUGUGUCUCUUUCAACCAGGACUCAACGUCUCUGGCUUUGGGAACAAAAAAAGGCUAUAAGCUGUUUUCUCUGACCAUGGUGGAAAAACUGGACAUCAUCCAUGAGAGUGAGACUCCAGAUGUUUACAUUGUGGAGCGUCUGUUCUCCAGCAGUCUGGUGGUUGUGGUGUGCACCACUAUGCCACAUUGCAUGAACAUCUACCACUUCAAAAAGGGAACAGAGAUCUGCAACUACUGUUACCCCAACAAGAUCCUGGCUGUCAAGCUGAACAGACAGCGGCUUGUGGUGUGCCUUGAAGAAUCCAUUUACAUCCACAACAUCAAAGACAUGAAGCUGCUCAAAACUCUGCUCAACACUCCAUCUAACCUCUCAGGUCUCUGUGCUCUUUCUACCAAUCAUUCCAGUUCAUACCUGGCGUACCCCGGCAGUGCAACUAUUGGGGAGAUCAUUGUGUAUGAUGCUAACCAUUUGAACACAGCAACAAUGAUCCCAGCUCAUGAUACUCCUCUUGCAGCUCUCACCUUCAAUGCCUCAGCCACCAAACUUGCCAGUGCCUCAGAGAGGGGCACUGUAAUCCGAGUGUUUUCCAUUCCUGAGGGCCAGCGUCUGUUUGAGUUCCGUCGAGGCAUGAAGAGGUAUGUCAAUAUACGCUCUUUAUCCUUCAGCCCCGAUGGCCAGUUCCUCUGUGCAUCAAGCAACACAGAAACAGUACAUAUCUUUAAACUGGAGCAACUUGGACCCAGUGAAGGGGACGAGGCUGCCACCUGGACAUCUUAUGUUGGGAAAAUGUUCUCUGCAGCCAGUAGCUACUUCCCUGCUCAGGUUUCUGGCAUGAUGAGCCAGGACCGGGCCUUCGCCACUGUUCACCUCCUAACAUCCUGCCAGAACAACGUUUGCACCCUGGCUAUUAUCCAGAAGCUUCUGCGGCUGCUGGUAGCAACAGCUGACGGUCAGCUGUUCAUCUACAACGUGGAUCCACUGGAUGGAGGCGAGUGCAUGUUGGCCCAUAAACAUAGCCUUUUUGGUGAUGAUGAAGAUGAUGACCACAAUGAAGGAACAGAGACAGAAGGGUCAGAGGUCACAGCGCAAACACAGGCCUGUCCAUCUUAUGCUGCCACCGCUGCCUUGCCAGCGUCUGGUCCUGUCACUGCUACCCUCACAGGCUACUCUGAAGAUGGUGGAGCAAAGAAAGGAGAAGUCAUUCCAGAACACGAGUUUGCUGCUGGACCUGUGUGUCUGGAUGACGAGAACGAGUUUCCCCCUAUUAAUUGGUGCCGCGAUGGGACUGGAGGUGGCCAGGCACGGAGCUCGUGAUUGGGUAAAGGGACAGAAGGACAAACAAACAGACACUUGCUGGCAAAUGACAAACAGUGACAAGAAAAAAAAAAGUCUCUUGAAGUGCAAAGUUAUUUAUGUAUUUUGAAAGAAAAUAAUAUGGAUUAAUAUUUUGAGCUGAAGUAUGAAAUACUGAACUUACUUUCAGAGAGAACACACUUGUCCUACUGUUAAAUAAUCGGAUUUUGUUGCUGCACCAGUAGUACCUCUGAAUUUCUUCUAAUACUUCUGUUGAGUUUAAAAACAUCAACUGUGAACUGUUUAGAGACUUCAGUACUGUACAUGUGGCUGCUGAAAGAAAUCAGGGAGUUGAUCUUUAUGUGGUGUUCUUAUAAAAGGAUGAGGUGCAUGCUGGAGCAGAAACAUACCCAUAAUAUUUAUAGUAGGGGUGCAACAUCUGUAUCGAACCGUUCGAUACAGUGGUCACAGUUCGGUACGCCGAACGAUACGCAAUUUUAUAUUCAUUUUAUCAACUUCUGACGAGGCGCUCUGUGCUGAAAGUUCAGUGGAUCUGCGCUCGACUCCUCCGGGCUGCAUUGUCCAGUGCAGGUCCACUGAACUGUGCGCUCCUCCCACAUUGAUUCAGUCCAAGCUGGUCACGUUUGUUUUAUACAACAGCGUCGACCCGCCGGGUCCCGACCCCCCUUGGGAGUCAAAGCAGAAGUGAUUUAAGGUUCCCUCUCUCAUAGAUCAGGUCUAAACCUUGUUCUUUUAUUUAACAGACUAAAUAUCCUUAUGUUAUUUAUCUUAUUUAUAUGAUGGGAUGUUAUUUCUGUCUCUACAUGGUCGCACGUUCACAAUUCUCCUCUGCUCUCUAUCGCGCACGGCAGAUGCGCACGCAGACAGGCAGACAGACAGACAGACAGACAGAGACAGACACACACACACACACACACACACACACGCAACCCCCCCCCCACAUGUACAGCAGAACAUGUGUCAGGUAUAGCUGCCCCUGAUACAUUUAAUUUAAUCUAAAAACUGCUUUUGAGCUGAAACAAAUGUAGGUAAUUUAAAAAAAACUACAAGUAAAAAGAAAAGUAAUAGAAAUUUCUGUACUUUUUCUGUACCGAAAACGUAUCGAACUGUGACUGAAGCGUAUCGAAACGGAACCGAACCGUGGAUUUUGUGUAUCGUUGCACCCCUAAUUUAUAGCUUUAUUACUUGAUACAUUUUAUAUCACGUUGCAUUGUCAUAGCAACAUCAUAUUUUUCUCAUCCAUUUUAUUUUAGUUUACAUAUGAUAAAAAAAAAAAAUCAAAUGUUUUCAGUUUUACUCUGUAUUGUAUUUUACUACAUUGUCAUGUACAUGGUUCUGUGUAUAUCUCAUGGAUACAUUUCAGAAGGUGUGUAUGUACUGUAUGUUUGUUUGUGCCUAUUAUCAUAUGUAGUUCAAUAUUUUGCUAAUAGAACAAGACCAAAACAAGUGAAAGAAAUAAACUCACACUGUGAGGUAAGAAUGAACCUAUGCAAAGCAAA